AUGGCUACGCAGCGAACCCCACUCCUCUCCAACGACCGGGACUCCCUCCACUCCUCGAGCUCCUUCUCCUCCGUUACCCGCAAGGAGCAAAGACGCAAACAAGAUCUCGUCCGCUACUUCUCCUUCGCAUCAGCCAUUGCCUCCUGUCUUUGCGCAGGCUCCAUCACUGCAUACUCGCUCUACGGGCACUUGUUCCAGGAACGGCUGCGCUACACCCAGCUACAGGUCAACAUCGUAGUCAUCGCCGCGGAGCUCGCCCUGUACCUCCCAGUUCCUCUCUUCGGAUACCUCUGUGACCGGCACGGCCCUGCACCGCUAUCAUUCGCGUCUGCUAUCCUGUUCGCGGUGGGCUAUCUGCUUGCGGCCUUUGCGUACAAGAGCGGCGCGAAGGACGUCUAUGGAUACACGGCCGAGCGUGGUUGGCCGCUCUGGGUCAUGGUCACCGCCUUUGUGAUCAUCGGGCUUGCGACCACAUGCAUGUACUUGAGCGGCGUUACGACAUGCGCGAAGAACUUUGGGAGGGGGAGGCAUAAGGGUUUGGCGCUCGCGAGUCCCAUUGCGGCGUUUGGGCUGAGUGGGAUGUGGCAGAGCCAAAUUGGCAGCAGGGUCCUGUAUGAGAGGAGGCCGGAUGGGUCGAGAGGCGACGUCGAUGUCUUCCGGUACUUUGUGUUUUUGGCACUCACGUUGCUGGCGGUGGGGCUGCUAGGGACGUUCUUCUUAAAGAUUGUGGACGAGGAGGAGCUGAUUGAUGAGGCUGUUGAGGAGCUGGCGAGGAGCAGAUUGUUAGAGGAUAGUGAAUUCUUUAGGGGGGCCGAGACGGGCUAUGGGAGUUUUGAAAGGGGUCCUAAUGAGGAGGGUGCGGAGAUGAGGACAGCGGAUCUGGUCAAGGGCCAGCAGGAGGAAGCGGCGCGCAAGAAGACAUGGCUGUUGAAUGAGGAGACUAGCAGGUCUCUCAAGGACCAUACUAUGUGGUGGCUGGCUGCGGGAUUCUUCUUUGCGUUCAUUACGAACCUGGGAACCAUUAUUGGAACCCUGUAUCCUCCCUACCCAGAUCCAAACCGCGUCCCAACUACAGCAGCUACACACGUCUCAAUCGUAGCACUCACAUCAACAGUAGCCCGUAUUCUCUUCGGAACCCUUACAGAUCUGCUCGCCCCACAAUCAACCACCCACCACUACGCCUCAGCCUCCAAUUCCCUCGCCUCCCUCCCACCUCGCACCUCCCGCUUCUCGAUCUCACGGGUGACAUUCCUCCUCCUGUCCGCCCUAGUCCUCUCCAUCGGCCAAGUGCUCCUCGCAUCGGGCCUCAUCCAAGAACAUGCCGAGCGUUUCUGGGUCAUCUCCUCUCUCAUCGGCAUCGGCUAUGGCGCCCUCUUCUCUCUCACCCCCCUCAUUAUCAGCGUGAUCUGGGGCGUCGAGAACUUCGGUACUAACUGGGGCAUUGUAGCUAUGGUACCGGCAGCGGGAGCUACGUUCUGGGGGGUGGUAUAUUCCCAUGUCUACGAAGCGGCAACCAAGGCCCAGCCGUUUGCGCUGGAUGGAGAGGACGUGCUAUGUCAUGGGAAGAAGUGCUAUGCGCCGACGUUCUGGGCGAUGGCUGUCAGUGUUUGGAUCGGGUGUGCGGUGUGGAUCUGGGCCUGGAAGGGCCCCGGUGGGUGGAGCAAACGGGGAGUUGCGGUCUAG